UGACCCGAUCUCGCCCGAACGGGUCAAUGUCUGAGGAGGCUUCGAAAAAUUUGUAACUGGUGUGGUGUUCCCGUGCUCGACGAGGAAGAGAAGUCGUCGUUGAUCGUCGAGAACUGAUUUUGUCGCGUUAAUCAAGUUCGCGCCUUUAUACCUUUUCCGGCGCUAGGUGCGAAGCGUCGUUGAAUUGUACAGUGAUUUCACGGUCGUCGAAAGUAGAGGCGAACAACGACGGCGACGACUACCUCCCCUCGAGCAACGACGACACGAACGACGGCGACGACGACGACGACGACAACGACGACGACGACGGCGACGACAACGACUACGACUACGACGAUUACGACCGCGACAACAACGACGACGAAGAAGAAGAAAACGUCCACGUCGGCGUCUACACGGUCCUCGAUCGUUCCUCUGUGUAGCUUAGCGCCUGUCGCGGCAAAAUGUGCAGAAACCUGGCAAGUCGACAACGUCGGGCCUGAGAAGUCGGGACGCGCGUUAGAGUGACGAGUACCGACGGGAUUCAAAGUGUAUCGAGAGAGAUAACGCAAUUGAGAAAGAGUGGCUGUGGCGGAGGUGAGGCGGUAGGCGCUUCCCCCGCACCCUCCAUAAGUACGAGGACGGGAGUGAGAAGACAGAAAAGCGAACAAGGGGGAGAGAAAGGAAAGAAAGAAAAGGCGAGAGAGUAAGGGAGGUGGACAGAGACAGUGGACGACUACGCCGUUAGGCUAAAAAAGAGAAGACGAGCGAAGAAAGAAAAUUGGGGAGCGCGAGUGGUCGGUGUGCCAGAAGUAACAACGGUCUAACAACGAUUAACCGUCAAAGGCGUUGUCAAAAAAGUAAAAAUUAAUCGUGCUAUCAGUACCAUAGAAGCUACGGUGAGGUACAUAGGUGGGCAACGACGGAGAAAUCUGACCCGUCAGCCGGAUCGUCGUGGAGUUGCACUAUAUAGGAAGGCUACCAAGUGCGGCGGUGUGCCUCCACUGGCGAGCGCGUACGAACCAUUCCGAAAACGUCGACCCCCGCUUCCCCUCGCGGCAUAGCUCUCCGCAACACUCCGCGCCCUAGUCAGGUUAUUAGGUAGUAGAACCGCGCUUCUCGGUUUGUGAUAUUCCCUGACAGCGGCGAGCAAUACGAAAAAUUGUCGUAAAUUGUGUCAAUCCGCGUAGUUGGACGCCACCGGCGCGGUAUCGUAGCCGCCGGUGGACAUCGCUGAAAGAAGAAAAAGAGCAUCGUGUGAAUCGGAUCGGACGGCAAGCCUGUCGCGUCAAGUGCUUGGUGCAAACGGAGUGUAUAUAACCCGGUACGCGUUGUUCCAUCACGACGAACGUUGAUCGCGAGAGUCGCUACCAUCGCCGCCGACCACCAUCGUCACCGAGUGCGAACAUACUUAAAGGAAGUGUCAAGAGUGCGAACAAAAUUCUGACGCCCGCCGCUUUCCCUCCUUUUUCCCUCUACUUGGCUUUGCCAGCUAACCAUCCUCCUUAUCCACGGUUUUCUUUACUUUCUUCUUUCUCGAUCUUGCGCGCGUUUUACUCGCUCGUCGUUUUUCCCUCCCUUCUAUCCCUUCGGCUCCCGCCCGCCCUCUCUUUUUUCUUACUCUCUUGCUCUCACCCUCUUUCUCCCGUGUUGUUCCAUCUCACUCUCUUUCUCUCCCUUCAUCCGUCGAUCGAGCACGACCGUGGCGUAAUAUAGAAGAACAGAACCGUGUAGACGUGUAUAUGCGUGCGUGCGAUGUGAUUAUCGUUCGUGCUGUCAUUGAUGUCCGAGGUGGUGUCGACAACGACGACGACGAGUUCGGACGACGAAGACGACGACGACGACAACGAGUUGCUGGCUUUUUUUUUCCCGCAAGCCUUUCGUAAAGAGGAGGAGAAGGAAGUGGCACGGCCAGCCGAGGCGGCGGCCAGCGGAAACAGAAGCGGCAUACUCCAGACCUCGGUGUCAGGUGGAGGUGGAGGAGCCGGUCAAGAAGAUUUCAGGAUGAGCGGCCGACCGAGGACCACCUCCUUCGCCGAGGGCAACAAGCUGCCUGCAAAUCCACCCCUGGGUGGCAUAAAAAUCAGCAGUGGUGCGAUGUACAAUGCAGGCAAGGAUGGCAGCAAAGUGACGACCGUGGUAGCUACCCCUGGUGCAGGCCCAGAUCGCCCCCAAGAAGUCGCCUACACGGACACAAAAGUAAUCGGUAAUGGCAGCUUCGGCGUUGUGUAUCAAGCCAAACUCUGUGAUACAGGAGAAAUGGUUGCCAUCAAGAAGGUUCUGCAAGACAAGCGAUUCAAGAACCGAGAAUUACAAAUCAUGCGACGUCUUGAGCAUUGCAACAUCGUGAAACUAAAAUAUUUCUUCUACUCUAGUGGGGAUAAGAACAUCUUAAACGCAACUAAUCCAGUUUUUCAUGUGGACAAGGACGAGGUUUAUCUGAAUCUAGUCCUGGAAUACAUACCCGAAACUGUGUACAAAGUCGCUCGACAUUAUAGUAAAAGCAAGCAAACGAUACCGAUCAGUUUCAUUAAGCUGUAUAUGUAUCAACUGUUCCGUUCCCUAGCGUAUAUACAUUCCCUGGGGAUUUGUCAUAGGGACAUUAAGCCACAGAACUUAUUGUUGGACCCAGAAACUGGCGUUCUGAAGCUUUGCGACUUCGGUUCUGCCAAGCAUCUGGUUUUUGGGGAGCCUAAUGUGUCUUACAUUUGCAGUCGUUACUAUCGCGCGCCCGAACUGAUCUUUGGUGCUAUUAACUACACUACAAAAAUUGACGUGUGGAGCGCUGGUUGCGUAUUGGCAGAAUUAUUGCUCGGUCAACCGAUAUUCCCCGGGGACAGCGGUGUAGAUCAGCUUGUCGAGAUCAUCAAGGUUCUCGGUACACCGACACGCGAUCAGAUACGUGAGAUGAAUCCAAACUAUACCGAAUUCAAAUUCCCACAGAUUAAGUCGCAUCCUUGGCAAAAGUUUAUGCUUCAGCGAAUGAGUGGUCUAAAGUGUUCCACGGAGCACCAAAAGAUUAGAGUCUUCAGGGCACGCACACCCCCGGAAGCGAUGGAUCUGGUCGCCCGGCUAUUGGAGUACACGCCGUCGUUACGAAUGACUCCGCUGCUAGCGUGUGCGCACUCGUUCUUCAACGAGUUGCGAGAACAGGGCACACGAUUGCCAAACGGUCGGGAGCUUCCGCCAUUGUUUGACUUUACAGAGCAAGAGCUGCGAAUUCAGCCUGCUUUAAAUUCGACCCUAAUACCGAAGUACAUGCAAUCUUCGGACAGUCCCGGAGGCCAAUCGGAAGCCACGAGUGCUGCCGCGGGGGCUAGCGGUAAUUCUAGUGAUAAUAACGUCAGCACCAACACACCCUCCAGUACACAGAAUACAGACCCCAGCCAAUCGAAUAUGGCUUAAGUUGCUUUAUUUUUUAACGUUAUAAACUGAGAGAAUUCACGUUAGAGUUAGCCUUAACGGUGGCGAGAUGAAUGGAAAACCUGAUCUUCUGAGGAGGAUGUCCCCCCCGACCCUCAACCCCCCAAAACCUCAACCCUAACCCGUUGUAAAUUGAACUCAAUGGAAUGGCGAUACGAAGUGGUCUUUGAGCUUUGUUCGCUUACACAUAUAGUAACAAAAAUGAUUCCCUUUAUAAUGGGCUAGCUAAGGACACGACUCCAAUAGCGUACGAACGCUUGAUUGCCACCUUAUUGCCAAGUUGAAUUCAAUGUAUAUAUAUAUAGGAAACUGGCCCGUAACCUCUUUAAACUAUAAUUGCUAUAAAAAAAAAGCGAAGUUUUCUAGUUGAAAAUGUGUAAUCUAUAACGUCUAGUAGCGCGUUAACGUCGCUUGCGUCGUCAUUUUAUUAAAAAAAAAAAGAAAAAAAAAGAUAAGGAAAAAACUGCGCGAAAUCAGCUUGAUGAAUGUCAAUGAAAAAAAUUGUUGGAGAAAGGAUUACGAUGAUCGCUACACUCUCGACUUGCAAGACAUUUCACUCGAUAAGACUGAAAACUUGCGUUUUCCACCGUGCGUAUAUUCAACGACAAGAUAAUGAUUCUCUUAUAUUACACCGGUUCGUAUUUCGUACCGAGCGAAGUAACCUGUGGAUGGAACAUUCGGUGUAGAAAUAUUUUUUAUUGUGUUUAAAUUCUAACGAGCAUCGUCGCUGGUAUUGUUGAUCGUGAAUCAAAGAAACGAGAUCGAGAAACAUGGAAAAUAAAAUAUUUUACGCAGAGAGUUUCAAUGGAAUGCAUACACACACACAGAGACACACAUACACACACACACACACACGGACACAGACAGACACAUGCACGCACGCACACGGGUAUUUGCAUGCACAAUCUCUAUUUAUCGUAAGAUGAAUUUCGUGAUGCGGAUACGCUGAAUAUACUAGCACAGAUAAACAGAACCCAUAAAAUUCGAGAAAAACAACGGAAGUUUCUAUUGUUGAGACAUGAUACAACUGCAAAAAAAAUAUUCAUGUCCGCCGGUCAUGCCUCAAGGAUUCGAUUAGUUAAACCCUCCACUAUUAAGGACAUUACGAUACCAUAGUACUAUUACGAAUAUUACGAUUGUUACGUAUCUCUCACAAAAAUUAACUAGACGCACGUUUUCAAAAUUUUUCAUUCUUCUCGACAAACGUCUACGCAAUUAAGUGGAGCGUUUUAUUUUUUAAACCACACGCAAUAUUUGACAUAGGAUUGUUUGGCGGCGCGAAAAAUGAACGUUUCAUUGUCUACGUUUAACGUGCAAGACUUGUACGCGUCGUACUCUGCAAAGUAAACUAAAUUACAAACUUCCGUGCUGUGGAUCGCCAUAUACAUUACUGUAUGUCCGAAGUACCAGUCAUACAGUGCUUAAAAUUGUUGAUUGUCUUCUCUGUAUAGUUGAUUUGGUUUUACGCGCAAAGUCAAGAAUUUUGUUCUAGGAAACGUGGACCUCGAAAUUAAAAUCGUAUAGGGUACCGAGGUAUACCGUGUAUACAAAGAAUUGUGUACAUUACGCAUAGUGUUGACAAACCUGUGCAGCUGGACCUUCGGAACAUGUAUAACUAGCCACUCAUACAUCUACAUAUCAUUGCGUCGCAAAAGUAAUAGAAGGGAGGGAGGCUGCCGAUAAAAAACAAGUCUAACCAAUUCAGUUCCUUUUUUAGAGAAAGGACGAAACGUUAAGGAAACAAACAGCGAUAGACCGAGAGGAAGAGAGGGAGAGAAAGGAAGCGUGAGUGAAUGGAACAGAAAGAAAGCGGAAGCAAGAGAGUGAGAGAUCUUAGCAUUCGUUUUAGAGUUUUAUGAAUGUUGAUGAUGUAACUUAAGUUUUAAACAAUUAACCAGGUUUAGUGAUGUACCUCAUUACUAAGAGAAAUUACGUGAAUUUAUUAUUUCCCCCCUCUGGUCCGAAAGGAGAAUAUGUAAUUUUGAUAUAAUUGGGAAUGAUCGUCACAAUCGAAAAAAUUAUUGUUUAUGUUUUAACAUAAAGCAAAACAGGAUCUAACGAGUUACUGAUCAUAGAAUUUUGUUGGCAUUGUCACGGCUCUGCAUAAAUACGUUAUUUAUUUUAGAAUCUUUUUUUUCCCCCCGCUGUGAAAUAACGGAUAACUUAGUGAAAUGUCAGACGAGCUGCUCACGAUGCUUAGAACGAAGCUCGAUGGACGUAAAUGUAUAGUUUGACUUGUGAUCAAAAAAAAGUAAUUCUUUAGAUUUAAAUUAUUUAUGUGCUCCUGUAACGUACAGCUGGCUUGAUGUGUCUUCAUCCUCAUCAACCGAUACUAUUAUAAACAAUACAACCUAAGCUAUACGUUAGGAUGUGGUUGCUUAAGAGAUGCAAACCGUUCAAUUAAUUACAUAGCGCUUCUUUCACAUUUUCAGGCCGGUAGAAAUGCUAAAUUCAAAGACAAAAAGAAGAGAUCCCGAAUCUAGCUGUAAAAUUAGACAAAAAGAAAAAAAAGUCUAAAAAUGCAUACCAAGUUUAAAUCGCACGGCUUCAAUAUAGAUUGUUGGUUAUUUAUCGUAAUUAUUAUUAAUAAAUAAAUUCAUCAAUUUAGUUUGAUUUAAUCUUUCUCAUCUCGUCUUAAUGCAAACAAUAAUAAUGUACACAAUUACUCGACUCGAUGUCCAAAACGGUGACAGGUAGUGACUUCUAUAAUUGAAACUACGAUUUUGUACAUUCAAACACGCUUGGAAAUCUUUAUCAUGUCAAUCUUUCGCAUGUCGAUACGCGAGAUAGGCUAAAUCUCGGUGUAUAGUCACAGUUAAGGUAAAUAAUUA